AAUGGGUGUAAGAGACACAACCUUCUGUCAGAAAUUGAAAACAUCUGGAUGCGGAAACAAGAACAACUGCUGCAAGCUGCACAACCCCUUAUCCUGGCUGGUGAGGGUAGAGCCGACAGCCCUGGACACUCAGCGAAGUAUGGCUCGUACACCAUGAUGGAUCUGCGCACUAACAGAAUUCUUGCAAGUCAGUUGGUUCAGAGCAAUAAAGUUGCUGGAAGCAACAAUAUGGAAAAAGAGGGCCUCAUCAGAACCGUAACAGAACUGUGGGCAAGGAACUUGCAGGUUGCUACCAUUGUCACGGACCGCCACUUACAAGUGGCAAAGUGGAUAAGAGAAAACAUGCCUGGAACACAGCAUCUGUACGAUGUGUGGCAUAUUCAUGGUGGACAUGUUGAGCUCUACCCCCAAUGUGAACAUGGACCUUUGAGGAGACAGUGGAUUCAACGAAAAGUGUUCAAGCUCAUGUGUUGCUGCUUGGUGGUGCUUGUCAGCAAUGCCGAGGCAGAGCGCGUGUUUUCCUGUCAGAACAGGAUCAAGACCAAAACACGCGCUCUCCUCGGCAUCGACCAGCUGGACAGGCUCAUCAGGCUCAGCUAUGCCAAGGUUCCCAUGGCACAGUUCGACUUUGUGGGAGCCAGGGACAUCUACCUGGAGGCCCCCAGGCGCCUUUAG